UUUCAUGCUGUGUUUGUAUUGAUAAAUUAAAUGAUAGAUAACCAGACCAGACCUGACCGUCCACACACGCCAACGGCCAACCCCAAGGCAACGCCAACCAUGGCCAAACUACCAGAGCUCCGAGUUCUCGAGCGAUCCCGCGUCGCUCCGCCGCCGGGAUCGGUCGGCGAAACCACUCUCCCCCUCACGUUCUUCGACGCCAUCUGGUUACGCGGAGGAUCCGUGGAACGAGUCUUCUUCUACCGCCUCCCCCACUCCACCUCCCACUUCGUCACCUCCAUCCUCCCCGACCUCAAGUCCUCCCUCUCCCUCGUUCUCCGACACUUCUACCCCCUCGCCGGAAAUAUCCGCCGAUCCCCUAGAGAUUCCGACGGCAACCAAUACGAGAUCCACUACGCGGAGGGAGACGGUGUCACGCUCAACGUCGCGGAGUCCGACGACGACUUUGACCAAGUCUCCGGCAGCCAUGCACGAAACCUCAACAGGAUCCUUCCAUUGCUUCCGCAGCUCCGUAACAGAGGCGCCGGCGAAGGAUUCGCCGCUAUGGCCCUGCAGGUGACCAUCUUCCCGGACAGAGGCGUGGCCAUCGGUGUCUCGAUUCACCACGCCGCCUGCGGCGGAUCCAGCUCCACCCAAUUCAUGUUGUCGUGGGCUUCCACGUAUGCGCUGUCGGAGGACACGGUGGUCGGAGAGCCUCCGGUCUUUGACCGGAGCUUGGUCUCCGAUCCCCGGGGCUUGUACUCAAUUUUCUACGGGAACUACGACGAGAGCGACAAGUGGAUGGAUUACCCUGUUCUAUCGGACGCCGUCCUCGCUUCCUUCACGCUCAAAAAGGAUCAAAUCCAACGCCUGAAGGAAUUGGUUUCCAUCUCGCGUUGCUCCACGAUCGUGGUGACCUACGCUUAUAUUUGGUCCUGCCUCACCAAAUCACUAGAAAUCCACAAAGGUGGCGACGGCGACAGAGUGGCCCACUUAAUGUUCGCCGCCGACUGUAAGGCGAGGCUGCGUCCGCCGCUGCCGGAGACGUACUUCGGGAACUGCCUCGCCCCCUGCUUCGUGGACCUGAAGGUCAGCGAGCUCGUCGGAGAAGGAGUGGUGGUGGCGGCGAGAGCGAUCGCGGAUGCCAUAAAAGUAUUCGUGGAAGAUCCUCUGCGAGGAGCGGAGACAUGGCUGGCGAGGAUCGAAUCUACAAUAAACGAGCAACCCCUCACUGUCGCUGGGUCGCCCAAGUUUCAUGUCUACGGCACGGACUUCGGUUGGGGGCGGCCAAAGAAGGUGGAGAUAACUUCGAUCGCGAGGACGGGAGCCGUAUCGGUGGCGGAAAGCAGGGAUGAGGACGGCGGAGUGGAGAUCGGAGUCGUACUGCCGAAGCCCGACAUGGAGCAAUUCGAGAUGCAAUUCAACAGCUUGAAUUCUAAGCUUCCAAUAUAAAAAACAAACUACAAUCUCAUGGACUGCUCGUCUUUCUCUAGUGUUUUAAUCUAAGUCCCGGAGUAAUGAGCAUCAUGUCGACUUCCCAAUUUACCUUGAUGAAUAAUAAAAAAAUUUCAUAAA